GGAGCAUAAUUCCUUCACUUCUGUUUCUCUCUCUUACCUAAAACAUCCUUAAAACAGUUUAACUUCCACCUUGUUUUCAGCUACCUUUUUUAACUGAAACAAACCGGCAAGCGUGUACUUUGCCCGGUUUCCUUUCCUCAACUUCUUCUUGUAAGUGUACGCACAUAUUCGUAUUACGCACUGUCAGGCAGCUGAAACAUGCAACUUACAACAAGAGAGUAACAACCAUAACUGAUAUACGACUGUACGUCAGACAGUUCAGAUAACAGAUAACAGAAAACAGACACUGGCAUUCUGCAUAUUUUCACUCUGAGGCAAAAUUUUAAAAAAAGUAGGAAAAGGGAAACGGAAAUGGAAAAAGGUUGUGGAAGUUACGAGCAAGAGUCGUUGGUGAUGGAGCUAAUCCAGGGGAUAGCGCUAGCGAAACAGCUGAAAGCUCAAAUGAGUCAAGAAGUAUUACUUGCAGGUGACACUAAAGGAAUGUUGGCAGAAAGGAUACAUUCUUGCUUGGAGAAAGCCCUUUUGAUUAUGAAAUGGGGUGGUUCAAUGUCAAUGGAACAGUCUAACCAGAGUGUGGUGCCAUCAACCACAAUGCCUGAAUCACCACUCUCGGUGAUUGGAAGUCCUAGGAGUGAGGAUUUUAACCCCGGGUUUCAUGUUCAACAAGACGGCAGAAAUAUGUCAAGAAAGAGAAAGAUGAUGCCCAUUUGGACAGACCAGGCUAAAGCAAGCUCUGAAAAUGCGGGCGAAGGAGCACCUGAGGACGGGCAUAGCUGGAGGAAGUAUGGUCAGAAAGACAUCCUAGGAGCCAAACAUCCUAGAAGCUACUACAGAUGUACUUACCGCAACAUUCAAGGCUGCAGCGCUACCAAGCAAGUGCAACGAAAUGAUGAAGACCCCAUGCUGUUCGACAUCACCUAUAGAGGGAGUCAUACUUGUACACUGGCCCCACGUUCAAAGUCUGCACCUACAUCACCACAAAAACAAGACCGCAACAAACAAAACAAUUUUGCCAUCACACAAUACCAGCAGCAGCCUGAUAUGCUUCUAAAUUUUCAGACAGGGCUAAGAGUUGACACUCAGAACUUAGAAAACCAGGAGACUGGAUUUUUCUUUCCUACACAAGAAUUUGGACAUGAAAAUCAUGCCUUUACGCCAUCAACACUCAACCACAGUCACCCUAGUAACAGUUUUCCUCAGUCGUUCAUACAAUCACCGGCCACCUCGGAAUCAACCUACUUCUCCACAUCACCCUGCAAGACGAGCACCUUUGGAGGUUUUAACUAUGGACAGCAUUUCGAAUCAGACAUCACAGAUAUAAUUUCAGCCACUACUUCAGGAACCAACUCCCCAAUAAUAGGCAUUGAUUAUCCGUUGGAACAAUGGGAAGGUUUUCUGUGUGAUAACCAAGCAUUUCCCACCAGCUUCUCUCAAGCUAAAGAAUAGUCCAAACUCCAACAUGAAACCCCCACAGAUGGUUACUUGGCUGUUAUUGGGGAAUUUUUCAGUUCAACAUUUUAUCUAAUCAGACAAGACAAGCAGGGAGGAUAAACAAUAGAAUCAUUACUCAAGUGUAAAUUAUCAGAAUAGGUAACAAAAUGGGGAUACUACCUAGUAUAACAAAAUAGAAGGAAGCUUGUGCUAGGUUUAUAAGGAGUCGCUGGUACAAGCAAAGAGCUUCAUGCUAGUUGACAGCAGUUUUACUAUUCAUUUUAUUCUUUCCCCUUGUAGCCUAAAGUCUUUAGUUAACUCCAACAACCCUCCAAUCAAUAAUGAAAACAUAGUGGAUCUUAAUCUGAAAUCAAAGAUUUGUUACUCCGUAGUUAAACAA